AUGGAUAAAGAGGAUAUGGUUGAGUGUUUAGGAACGAUCGCGAAAUCCGGGAGCAAAGAAUUUAUGGAAAAGAACAAGGACAACGCUGAAGCUGUAAUCGGUCAGUUUGGCGUGGGAUUUUAUUCUGCAUUUAUGGUGGCCGACUCUGUGGUGGUAACCAGCAGAAAAGUGGGUCAGCCUGAUGAGAAGGGGCUGAAGUGGACCUGGAAUGGAGGCAACUCUUAUGAACUUUCUGACGAGAAGGGUUUGCCAACCGGUACUCGCGUUGUCAUCCACCUGAAACCCGGAGAUUCAGCUAGUUUUUGCAAAGCUGAUAGAGUGAAAGAGAUUAUCGACAAGUAUUCCUACUUUGUUGCUGCGCCGAUCCUUCUAAAUGGCGAAAGAGUGAAUAGCCUGAACGCGAUCUGGACUUUGCAACCAAAAGAUGUAACUAAGGAAAUGCAUGAAACUUUCUUUAAGCAGCUUGCCAAGCAACAAAAGCGCGAGGCUUUUCAUCGACCUUGCUACACAAUUCAUUAUAAGACGGAUACCCCAGUAUCUCUGCGUUCGGUAUUGUAUAUACCACAGCAUAGGUUCUCCAUGUUAGAGUAUGCUGCUCAAGCUCAGAAUCGAGACUGUGGAUUGUCGCUUUACGCUAGACGGGUGCUAAUUAAGCCUAACGCAAAAGAGCUUUUGCCAAACUACCUCCAUUUCAUUAUGGGCGUUGUUGAUUCAGAAGACAUUCCACUUAAUCUCAGUCGUGAAAUGCUUCAAAACAAUCCUGUCUUGAGGAAGUUGCGUAAAAUCCUUACCGAUAAAAUAUUGAGCUACCUGCAGAAUGAGAUGAAAAAAGAUAGUGAAAAGUAUGCGGAUUUUUACAAGCAGUAUAGUCUUUUCCUUAAAGAAGGCAUCGUUACUCAACCUGACCAUUCUGAAAAGGUAUGACU